AUGGCUCGCCCUCCGCCCUCGCCGCACAAGCCGAGGCGUCGACCAAAGCUCGACCAGGGCAAGCUCUCCAAGUCCGAGGCCCUCGUGCGUGCCCCGGCGUUCCCUCUCGCGUCGUUCCUGUGGCCGGCUAGGAGCUCGGUGUCGCAGUGGGAGGUUCUACCGCUGAUUCUCAUGGUGGUUGGAUUGUUUCGGUGGGCUGCUGGGUUCUGGGGAUACUCGGGCUUCCAGAAACCCCCCAUGUUCGGCGACUACGAAGCCCAGCGACACUGGAUGGAAAUCACCACCCACCUCCCCAUCUCGCAAUGGUACUUCCACGACCUCCAAUGGUGGGGCCUCGACUACCCUCCCCUCACGGCCUACCAUAGUUGGCUCUGCGGCAAGAUUGGCUCCCUCAUCGACCCCGCGUGGUUCGCCCUCUUCACGUCCCGAGGCUCCGACGACCCUUCUCUAAAAGUCUUCAUGCGCGCCACCGUCAUCGUGUCCGAGUACCUCAUCUACAUCCCCGCCGCCGUCAUCUUCAUCCGCCGCUACAGCCGCCUCAAUGGCGUGUCCACCUGGAGCAUGGCUCUCGCCCUCACGGCCUUCCUCAUGCAGCCUGCUACCAUCCUCGUCGAUCAUGUCCAUUUCCAGUAUAACACCGUCAUGCUCGGCUUUGUCCUCGCUAGCAUGUCGAGCCUGCUCGCUGAGCGGUUUCUCUGGGCGUCGGUGUUCUUCGUCGCGGCGCUUGGGUUCAAGCAGAUGGCUCUUUACUAUGCCUUUGCUAUAUUCAGCUACCUGCUCGGCAGCUGCGUCACGCCGCGUAUUAACCUGCAGAGGCUGAUGGGUAUCGCGGCUGUUACGCUCAUUUCGUUCGCGCUGCUUGUUUUGCCUAUUGUUGUCGGCACUCUGCACGACGCGAGCCAAGGAAUCAAGGCUCGUCCGGACGGACCGCCGGAGCCGCUGCCACUCGCGCCGUGGCUCACGGACUACCUCGAUACCGAAUCGUUUUACUAUCCCGUGGUGGAACAACUAGUCCAAAUGGUGCACCGAGUCUUCCCAUUCGCGAGAGGUCUCUUCGAGGACAAGGUCGCCAACUUCUGGUGCGCCCUCAACGUCCUCAUCAAACUGCGCAAGUACCCUGCCGAACUGCUCCAAAAGGCCUCCCUCGCCGCGACGCUCCUCUCCAUCAUCCCCCCCAACGUCAUCCUCUUCCUCCGCCCACAAAAGACUCUCCUCCCUCUCGGCUUCGCCGCCACAGCCUGGGGCUUCUUCCUCUUCAGCUACCAAGUCCACGAAAAGAGCGUCCUCCUCCCACUCAUGCCCAUGACGCUCCUCCUUGCCGGUAAACACGGCAUUUCCAAGGACACCCGCGCGUGGGUGGGCUUCGCGAAUCUUCUGGGUUGUUGGACGAUGUAUCCCCUCCUCGCGCGCGUCGACCUGCGCAUCCCCUACGCCGUGCUCACGUUCCUUUGGGCCUAUCUCCUCGGCCUGCCGCCCACAUCGUUCAAUGUGUACUUUUCCGAUGCGCAGCACCUCCACGUUUGGGUCAAGUGGGCCACGGGCAUCGUGCAUCUCGGGUUCUACGUCGCCAUGGCGGCUUGGCAUGUUGCUGAGGCCUUUGUGCCGCCGCCCGUGGGGAAGCCGGAUCUUUGGGUUGUGGUGAAUGUUGGGAUCGGGACUGCUGGGUUUGUUGUUUGUUAUUUGUGGUGUUUGGGGAAGUUGGUUGUGGAGAGUGGACUGGUGGCGGCGAAGAAGGAGAAGACGAAGAAGCAGUGA